AUGUCUGGUCGAGGAAAGCAGGGCGGUAAGGUGCGGGCUAAGGCAAAAUCUCGCUCUUCUAGGGCUGGGCUGCAGUUCCCGGUGGGCCGUGUGCAUCGCCUGCUUCGCAAAGGCAAUUACGCUGAGCGGGUGGGCGCCGGAGCCCCGGUCUAUAUGGCCGCGGUGUUGGAGUAUCUGACCGCCGAAAUUCUUGAGUUGGCUGGCAACGCUGCUCGGGAUAACAAGAAAACGCGGAUCAUUCCUCGCCAUCUGCAGCUCGCCAUCCGUAACGAUGAGGAGCUCAAUAAGUUGCUGGGGAAAGUCACGAUCGCUCAAGGCGGUGUCUUGCCCAACAUCCAGGCCGUGCUGCUGCCUAAGAAAACAGAGAGUCACAAGGCGAAGAGUAAGUAA